GCUUUUCACGCACACAAGCAAGCGCACAGCACCUUUACGUGGUUAGGCUACAUGCUAAGUUAGCAGCAGCAGGAGCAUCAUCCUCAGCAGCAGCAGCAGCAACAAUAAUAGUCAUAAUCAUCACCACAAAACAAGCCGAUACCCGCUGGUAACUGCUGCAAACGUAUGUUAAAGGCGCCGACAAGGAAGUGAAAGAUAACUUUGUGUAAAGCUCCCUGCGAGAUCAACUUUGCAAUGGGCAAAAAGUCGCGCGAAGAUGAAUCCUCAUCAUCGGAUGAGGAAGAAUAUGUUGUAGAGAAGGUGCUGGACAGGAGAGUGGUGAAAGGCAGGGUCGAGUUCUUUCUCAAGUGGAAAGGAUAUUCAGAGAAACACAACACAUGGGAACCAGAAAAGAACCUGGAUUGUCCAGAGCUCAUUUCAGAGUUCAUGAAGACCUACAAAAAAAGUGGGAGUUCUACUCCAAGUAGUAGCGGAGGCAGCAAGCCUAGCUCAGCCCCGUCAGGACGUGCAAAAGAUACGGGUAGUUCGAAGAAAAGGAGCUCUGAUGACGACGACGAGAGUGGAAGCAAACCUAAAAAGAAAAAGGAGGAUGAAAUUCUGGUGGCCCGUGGCUUUGAAAAGGGUCUUGAGCCAGAGAAAAUAAUUGGAGCAACAGAUUCGUGUGGCGAUUUGAUGUUCCUAAUGAAGUGGAAAGAUUCGGAUGAGGCCGAUCUUGUGCUUGCAAAGGAUGCCAAUCAAAAGUGCCCACAGAUUGUCAUCGCCUUCUACGAGGAGCGCCUCACCUGGCAUGAAGACAGCGACAAGAAGGAGAAAGACGCAGUCACCGCGUGAGUGAGUCACUCACCUCCAAAGGAAAACAAAACCUCUGCGCAACAGGGAUAACCUUACGUCAGACAUUUUUACUCUCCUAACCAUAUCCCAUACUCUCUACAUUGUCCAACAAAGACGCUAAUACAGUGGACACAGACACAGCCGAGACCCACAGCUCUCUUGAGGCUCAUCCUUUUGUCACCAGGUGUUCUACACACACAUACACGCGCACAUUUUGCAUUAUAAUGAGAAGCUGCAGUAUCUGUCACCGGUGAUUGUGGUCUGCCACCUUGUGGCUGGAAAUGUCCAACUGCUUAGUUUCUUUACUUGCCAUUACUGAUGGCAAGCCUGCAGUUAUCAUUUUUAGCAAUUAUGACAUCACAAAUAUUAAUGAGUGGAUAAUUUGUCGUUUUUAAUUCAAGCUUUAGAAUGUUACCUCAUCCGAUGUUUCCCUACUUAGGGGAAAUAAUUUGAUGAGUAAACAUUCUUCAGUGCUUCUGGUCAUUUUAUCGUCACGGAUAAAAAAUGUUAAUCCAAGAUAGGUGACAAUUUUAAAUGGGUGUCUUGUGUUCCAAAAUAGUUUUAGGGCCAAAUAUGUUUUUACUGAGCUUUAUUUUGCUUAGCAACAAAACCUACUAUAGUUAUGGUGUGACUGUCUUUUUACAUUUUUUUUUUUUUUUUUUUUUUUUUUUUU